AUGCUGCUGGCCUCGGCCGUGGUGGUCUGGGAAUGGCUCAACGAGCACGGCCGCUGGAGACCCUACAGCCCGGCUGUCAGCCACCACAUCGAGGCGGUGAUCCGGGCCGGGCCGCGGGCGGGCAGCGUGGUGCUGGGCCAGGCGGACCGGCGGCUGGCGCCCUACCUGCUGGACCUGCACUCUAUGCACCAGUUCCGCCAGGAUACCGGCACCAUCCGCCCGGUGCGGCGCAGUUACUAUGACCCCUCCUCGGCGCCGGGCAAGGGUGUGGUGUGGGAGUGGGAGAACGACAGCGGCUCAUGGACGCCCUACGACAUGGAGGUGGGCAUCACCAUCCAGCACGCCUACGAGAAGCAGCACCCGUGGAUCGACCUCACCUCCAUCGGCUUCUGCUACGUCAUUGACUUCAGCACCAUGGGCCAGAUCAACCGGCAGACCCAACGCAAGCGCCGCAUCCGCCGCCGCCUCGACCUGGUCUACCCGCUGGUCACCGGCACCCUGCCCAAGUCCCAGUCAUGGCCGGCCAGCCCCGGCGUUUCCAGCUCACCCCCCACCCCACCCUGCACCUGCCCCCAGUGCCUUCUGGUCAUGAGUGUCAAGGCGGCGGUCGCAGCUGGGGCCAAUGGCGGGACUGGCACCGCAGUCCCCCAGCAGCAUCAGCGUAAAGCCACCGCUCUAUCGGGCGGUCCCAAGCCUCCUGUUCCAGCACCUGGGCUCAAGCCCCCGGAUGGCACGGCCACCACGCGUGGCCCACUGAAGACCCUGGCAUCCCAGGUGGGCCGGAGGCAGGCGGCCAGCACGCCGGCCCUGAGCUCGGCCAGCUCUGCCACAAGUCCACCUGCCGCCAAUGGGAAGGUCUCGCGUGCCAGCCUCAACACCCUCAACCGCACCCACCUGCAGCGCCUGGCCAUCGCCCAGUCCCGUGUGCUGAUUGCCUCUGGGGUCCCCACCGUCCCAGUGAAGAACCUCAACGGCUCGAGCCCUGUUAACCCCGCGCUAGCAGGGAUCACAGGGAUCCUCAUGAGCGCAGCGGGGCUGCCUGUGUGCCUCACCCGCCCCCCCAAGCUGGUGCUGCACCCCCCACCCGUCAGCAAGAGCGAGAUCAAAUCCAUCCCGGGCGUGGCCAACACCUGCCGCAAGACCACCAAAAAGCAGGCCAAGAAAGGUAAAACCCCGGAGGAGGUGCUGAAGAAAUACCUGCAGAAGGUGCGUCAUCCUCCGGACGAGGACUGCACCAUCUGCAUGGAGCGCCUCUCCACCCCGUCUGGCUACAAGGGGCCCCAGCCAGUUGUCAAGCCCGACCUAGUGGGGAAGCUGUCCAAGUGUGGCCAUAUCUACCACCUCCAUUGCCUGGUCGCCAUGUACAACAACGGCAACAAGGAUGGGAGCUUGCAGUGUCCAACCUGCAAAACCAUAUAUGGGGUGAAGACUGGGACUCAGCCCCCCGGGAAGAUGGAAUAUCACCUCAUCCCUCACUCGCUGCCUGGGCACCCUGACUGUAAAACCAUUCGGAUCAUCUACAACAUCCCGCCGGGGGUCCAGGGACCAGAGCACCCGAACCCCGGGAAAAGCUUCACAGCCCGCGGAUUCCCUCGACACUGUUACCUCCCGGACAGCGAGAAGGGCCGAAAGGUGCUGAAGCUGCUGCUGGUGGCCUGGGACCGCCGCCUGAUCUUCGCCAUCGGUACCUCCAGCACCACAGGCGAGUCGGACACGGUGAUCUGGAACGAGAUCCACCACAAGACAGAGUUUGGCUCUAACCUCACGGGCCACGGCUACCCCGACGCCAACUACCUGGACAAUGUGCUGGCCGAGCUGGCGGUGCAGGGCAUCACGGAGGAGUGCACGGCCCAGGAGAAGGACUGA